CCUAUGGCUGUAGAAUCACUGAGAGAUGACGAGGAGGGUCAUGUGACCUUUGAGGAUGUGGCUGUCUACUUCUCACGGGAGGAGUGGAGACUGCUUGAUGAUGCUCAGAGGCUCCUGUACUGUGAUGUGAUGAUGGAGAACUUUGCACUUGUGACCUCUCUGGGGCUCGUAUAUUCUAGGACCCAUGAAAUUACUCAGCUGCAGUCAUGGGGAGAGCCCUUUGUUCCUGCUCAGGGAGUUGUGACGCCAGCCCUGCUGCGAGCACUUGCCAGCAGUGGUUGUUGGCAUAGAGCAGUGGCUGUGGAGGCUCCAGAACAGAGUGUCUCCACAGAAGUGAAAAGUGAAAACCUUCACCAACAUCAGAAGCUGUGCUAUGGAGAGAAACCCUUAAAAAGGAAGGUCUCAGUUUUGAGGAGCUGCAGAAUCCAUCUAUCACAGAAGUCUUUGCAAAUCGAGGGGGUGGGAAAGAUUUCAACCAGCUCCAGUCUUCUCAAGUACCAGGUGACUCACCAUGAAGUGGAGCCCCCCAGGAGCACUGAGAGUGCAGAGGCCUUUAAUACUGGAAAAAGGCACUACAGGUGCAGUGAAUGUGGGAAAGCUUUUGGUCAGAAAUACUUGCUUGUUCAGCACCAGAGACUACACACUGGGGAAAAGCCUUAUGAGUGCAAUGAAUGCGGGAAGCUGUUUAGCCAUAAAUCCAACCCUUUUAUACACCAAAUAGUUCACACCGGAGAAAGACCCUAUGGGUGCAGUGAAUGUGGAAAGUCCUUUAGCCGAAAUGCUGACCUCAUUCAACACCGAAGAGUUCACACUGGAGAAAAACCUUCAUGCAGUGAAUGUGGAAAGGCUUUCAGGCAUAAUUCCACACUUGUUCAGCAUCACAGAGUCCACACUGGAGUAAGGCCUUAUGAAUGUGGUCAAUGUGGAAAGUUGUUUAGUUUCAACUCUAGCCUCAUGAAGCAUCAGAGAGUUCACACUGGAGAAAGACCUUAUAAGUGCAGUGAAUGUGGAAAAUUCUAUAGCCACAAGUCCAGCCUAAUCAAUCACUGGCGAGUUCACACUGGAGAAAGACCUUAUGAGUGCAGUGAAUGUGGGAAGUUUUUUAGCCAAAGCUCAAGCCUCAUGCAACAUCGAAAAGUUCAUACUGGAGAAAAGCCCUUUAAAUGCAAUGACUGUGGCAGAUUCUUCAGUGAGAAUUCCAGCCUUGUUAAACAUCAGAGAGUUCACACUGGAGCAAAGCCUUAUGAGUGUAGAGAAUGCGGGAAAUUUUUUCGCCACAGCUCCAGCCUUGUUAAACAUCGGUGGAUUCACACUGGAGAAAUGCCUUAUGAAUGCAAUGAUUGUGGGAAAUCAUUUAGCCAGCGUUUCAACCUCAUUCAACACCAAAAAGUUCACAUUAGAGAAAAGUCUUGA